AUGGCCGGUCGUUUUGUUAGAUCCUCCAAAUAUCGUAAGCUCCAUCCCUCCAAAGCAAUAAAGCAUGCGCGGAAGCUGACAAGUGGGUCUUUUCAGGCCAUAUUUAUGGAAGGCCCACGAGAAAGGUACGUUCCCAUCUAGACACUCCCGCGGCCAAGUUAUCCACAAUUCAAGCUAAAUAACCAAUAGGAGCAAUGCUAUGAUAACCUGUAAAUGCUCUCUCUAAUUUCCAUGCGCCAGGCAUUCCUCCAAGAUACAUCCUGACCCUUAAUCUCCGCGCAGCCACAUUUCAAAGAAUGCUUGGGAUUCCAACAUCAUCAAGGCUAACCCUCAGUACCUCUCCGUUAAUUGGGAAUCUGGCGGAGGUGGAGCUUUUGCCGUUAUCCCACUAUCCCACCGAGGCCGCCUCCCUGAACAAAUACCCCUUUUUCGUGGCCACACGGCACCAGUUCUCGAUACCGAUUGGUCUCCUUUCAACGAUUCACUCAUUGCGUCUGGUUCUGACGAUGGGAAGGUCUUUAUUUGGGCAGUACCAGAAAACUUCUCUGUGCUCUCGGAUGACGAUAAAGGGCCAACCGAUGUCGACCCAGUCUCCAAGCUAGUUGGCCACAGCAGGAAGGUUGGUCAUGUGCUUUUCCAUAACACCGCCGAGAAUAUACUCGCCACCUCAUCAGGGGAUUACAGUGUCAAACUCUGGGACAUUUCAUCGGGGACUUGUCUCCGUACACUUGGGCAUUCGGAGGUUGUUCAGUCGAUGUCUUGGUCAACAAACGGAUCCCUGUUCGUGACUACCUGUCGCGACAAGAAACUCCGUAUCUGGGAUCCCCGGCAAGAAACCGCGGUCCAUGAGGUACAGGGGCAUACCGGGGCUAAGAACAGCAGGGCCGUUUGGAUGACAGGUGAUGUCGGGGGUGAUAAGAUCGCCACUACUGGUUUUAGCAAGAUGAGCGAUAGGCAACUAGGUCUUUGGGAUUUGAGAAAUCUCGAGAAUAGUCCACUCAACGGGUUUGAGAUGUUAGACACCAUAUCCGGUGUCUGUAUGCCAUUUUGGGACGAAGGAACCAAGUGCAUUUAUUUGGCAGGCAAAGGGUAAGAGCAAACAUUAAUUAGAUGAGAUGAUCCACUAAUAGCUGGGUAGCGACGGUAACAUUCGUUACUUCGAGUACUCUAAUGAUGAAUUCAUAUUCCUGUCAGAGUAUAAGAGUGGUGAUCCCCAGCGAGGCGUUGCAUUCCUUCCAAAGAGAGGAGUCGCUGUGAGCCCACUUAACUUGCCCCAAUUACCAAAUGGUACUAACUGCCUUUAUCCACUUAGCUUCAUGAGAAUGAAAUUAUGCGAGCGUUCAAGACAGUCAACGAUACAUAUAUUGAGCCAAUCUCCUUUAUUGUACCACGUCGCGUAAGUUUUGACGCUCGAAGUAGGUUAUUGCAUCAAUUGCUAACGCUGAGGUUUACAGGCGGAGACAUUCCAGAGGUGUUAUUGCGAUCCCAAACUGUUUAUCGGUUAAUGAAGCUAAUUAUAGAUAGCGACAUUUAUCCUCCCUGCUUCAAUGGCGAAGCGGUGCUUACGGCGGAUGCCUGGCUCGGUGGUCAGAACGGCGAACAACAAACGAUGGACCUCGAAACUCUCUAUAGUGGCGACGGGCAAUCCAGCGCAGCGCAAAAGACACUGAAAACACCGCUCACCCAGUCAGUGCCUUCUGUGCCCGCUGGAGCUGCUGCCGCUGUAGAUUAUGUACCUAAGGUUAUUACUGCCCCGCUUCCUAAGCCUGUCCCGGAGCCUGUGAAGGCUCCCGCGAGUCCAAUCAAGGAAAGCCCUACACCCGUCCGAGCUCCCUCGGAAGAGAAGGCACCCAAACCUAUCCCAACCGAGGAACCGGCCAAGAUUGCCAACAAGCUGCCCGAUCCGACACCCCAGGCUAAGCCGGAACCGGUCAAACAAACCACACCACCCCCGCAACACUCAAAGGAUCCUGGUAUUGCUGACCAAUUGGCCCGCAUCACCUCCCUUCUAGAGCUUCAGACCAAAACUCUUGCCAGCCAGAACGAACAGCUGGCAAAUCAGAGCGAACACAUUGCCGAGUUAACUAGGGGGCUUGACACCCUUAAGAGCAAAGUUGAUAAGGCGAACGAGGAGAGUAGCAGAAAGGACGAGAUCAUCCGAAAGCUGGAGUUGGAGUUGGAGGCAUUCAAGUCCUGAAUUCUCGAGUGACGGUGUAUGGCAAUUGUGGGAAAAACUGUUGGAGUUUAUCUGACAUUCAGUGAUUAUGUGCUUUUUUAGAUACCUGUAGUGAAUAGGGGGAGGCUUUUCUCGUUUCUUUGUUUUCUUUAUUCCCGUCCUGCGAUCAAGUGUUUGGAGAAAUUUUGAUGUUAUCAUACGGCAUUACGUCCACGAAUUAUAAAAUUAUAUAAAAUAUCAUACUAGUACCAUGAUCAAAACUUUUCAUGUAGUAAAAAGUUUUGAAAAGGAGAAAAAAAGUCUGGUUGCGAGAGCAUUAUGGCGCCAUAGAUGGAAGUCACAAAAUCAAUCUACCGGCGUCCAGCGGUUCCUUGCGUAUAAUACUGUGCUAUACAAUAAUACAGCAAAUGUGUGGCCAGCAGCUGCCGACUUUGAGGGCAAGAACACACCCAACACCUAAGCCGGUUUAUCAUACGAUAGUUAACAAUCCCUUUAAAGCACUAGAAAGUAUCAUAUAUGGCAAUCAAACCUUCACAAAAUCUCAUAAACAGUACGAAAAGAGUAGAGAAUUUCGGGAUGUCUAAACCCGCACCACAAAACCAAACAAACGCAAGCAAAACCCAAUAAAUUCAUAGAAAACCCUAUCCAGCAUACCGAAUUCCCACAAGAUUCGCCAGGUAAAUGAUCCCAGAACCGCAGCCGAUAAAAAUCAAGAAAAGGAAAGGGAGAAAAACUAUACAAACAUGUUCAAAGGACGGUAUUCUUAUCUCCAUCCUCAUCGAAAAUAACAUCGCACCACUUCCCACCCUUCUCAUUCCUAACCUCGCGAACGGCCUUCUUCAGCUCCCUCGCCUUCAAAUUCCUCGCAGCCUUCGUGGCUGGCGGCACAUCCCCUUGCUGCCUCGCGACGACGGUCUCCAUGUUCCUCCAUGGUCCACACCACUCCACGUCCUUCAACUGCUCGUACAAUUCCCGGUGACAAUUGCUCACAUCCAACCACUUCAACCCGAGCAGGUUUCUCGCAAGCCGCCUCAUACCGUCCGGUGUGUGCUCGGUCCACCCAGCGAGUGAGAGGUGGGUGAUGGUUGGUGGAACAGAGGCCGUGAAUGUCAAUAGUUGAGAGAAUGGGACCGGUGCGUCUGGAUAUGCGAGCGACAAAUGCGUCAGGUUUGGGAACAAGGUUGUAUACCCCUUGCCAGUGUCCUCCCCCUCGUCGUCCAUCUCGUCUUCCCAAGACGCCGAAACCUCCGCCUGGGGGCGUUUGUUUGGGCGGAGGAAGUGCGCAAGCUGCGGGAGCGCCAAUCCGGCGUUUAAACCCCUGGACAGCUCCAGCGUCGUGAUUUCCUCGUCCGGGAGCUUGAACAGCACCCUUAGCCCCGAAAGUGUCACACCAGUAGGGGCAUAUGCCGCGAUAUAAGAGAGAAGGAGGGUCUUCACGUUCGCUGGCAGGUACUGUAGCCAGUGCUGGUCGUACAAGACGUGCUCCUCCCAGUGCAGGGACAUGGCUUUAAGGGCGUAGUGCAGGAGUCUUCGGUCACCAACGGAGGUCAUUCCCGGAAGGUAUGAUAAGGGGUGCUGCACCCCACAGACUAGAACCCCCUCACUUGCACUCCGCUGCUCGUUGUCUUCGACAGGCGCCCGAUCAUCUAGCGCCUCCGGGUGCAGCCAGGAAGCUGGUGGUGGUGGGCCUGGUAUCCUCCCCCUCAUUCUUCCUCCGACUCCAGUUCCAACGGCGAUUCUCCAUGCGGGCGGCGGCAGCGACGGAGCUGCAUUUUCAAGGAUUUCCUGGAGAACAGGAGGGACCGAGGGCACCGCUAGAGGGGGCCUUGCAAUACCUGGAGUUCCGGAGCGGAGUUUUGCCAGAAUUGAGUUCACACCUGUAUCCCCUCCUGCUCCUGUUGUGGCAGAGGAAGCUUCCGCAGCGCAUGCAGAGUUCUUCCUAAAGUAGGCAUGUGGGUCCGGUGUCGGUUUUGGGAACCUGGGUCUGUACUUUUUCGCCAUUUUGACCCUUUGUUUCUUCCGCUUCUGCUCCUGCUCCUCCUUCGGUGCGAUUGC